UCAGUUUGCGGAGACUGGGGGGAAAAAAUGGCUGCCGGCUACGGUGAGGGCGACGCGCUGAAAGCCGCGGUCCCUCCCUUUCUAGUCUUCUGACAGCGCCAGCGGCAAAGCGGGCCCUUUCCGCCGGAGCUGUGGAAGCCAUCCUGGGGCCAGGUUCUGAGACGGUAUUGUAGCUUUCUGUGAAAAUGUCAGUUCUCAUAUCACAGAGCGUAAUAAAUUAUGUAGAAGAAGAAAACAUUCCUGCUUUGAAAGCUCUUCUUGAAAAAUGCAAGGAUGUAGAUGAGAGAAAUGAGUGUGGCCAGACUCCAUUGAUGAUAGCUGCUGAACAAGGCAAUCUGGAAAUAGUGAAAGAAUUAAUUAAGAAUGGAGCUAAUUGCAAUCUGGAAGAUUUGGAUAACUGGACAGCACUUAUAUCAGCGUCAAAAGAAGGGCACCUGCACAUUGUGGAAGAACUGCUUAAAUGUGGGGCUAACCUGGAGCACCGUGAUAUGGGAGGAUGGACAGCUCUCAUGUGGGCAUGUUAUAAAGGCCGUACUGAAGUGGUUGAGUUGCUUCUUUCUCAUGGUGCCAAUCCAAGUGUUACUGGUCUGCAGUACAGUGUUUACCCAAUCAUCUGGGCAGCAGGGAGAGGCCAUGCAAAUAUAGUGCAACUUUUACUGCAAAAUGGUGCUAAAGUCAACUGCUCCGAUAAGUAUGGAACCACCCCGUUGGUUUGGGCUGCACGAAAGGGUCAUUUGGAAUGUGUAAAACAUUUAUUGGCUAUGGGAGCUGAUGUUGAUCAAGAAGGAGCUAAUUCAAUGACUGCACUUAUUGUGGCAGUAAAAGGAGGCUACACACAGUCAGUAAAAGAAAUUUUGAAGAGGAAUCCAAAUGUAAAUUUAACCGAUAAGGAUGGAAAUACAGCUUUGAUGAUUGCAUCAAAGGAGGGACAUACAGAAAUUGUACAGGAUCUACUUGAUGCUGGAACAUAUGUGAACAUACCUGAUAGGAGUGGAGAUACUGUUUUAAUUGGUGCUGUCAGAGGUGGUCAUGUGGAAAUUGUUCGAGCACUUCUUCAAAAAUAUGCUGAUAUAGACAUUAGAGGACAGGACAAUAAAACUGCUUUGUAUUGGGCUGUUGAGAAAGGAAAUGCAACGAUGGUGAGAGAUAUCUUACAGUGCAAUCCUGACACUGAAAUAUGCACAAAGGAUGGUGAAACACCUCUUAUAAAGGCUACCAAGAUGAGAAAUAUAGAAGUAGUAGAGCUGCUGCUGGAUAAAGGAGCUAAAGUAUCUGCCGUAGAUAAGAAAGGAGACACUCCUUUGCAUAUUGCUAUUCGUGGGAGGAGUCGGAAACUGGCAGAACUUCUUUUAAGAAAUCCCAAAGAUGGACGGUUACUUUAUAGGCCCAACAAAGCAGGCGAGACUCCCUACAACAUUGACUGUAGCCAUCAGAAAAGUAUUUUAACUCAAAUAUUUGGAGCCAGACACUUGUCUCCUACGGAAACAGAUGGUGACAUGCUUGGUUAUGAUUUGUAUAGCAGUGCCCUGGCAGAUAUUCUCAGUGAACCUACCAUGCAGCCGCCCAUUUGUGUGGGGCUGUAUGCACAGUGGGGAAGUGGGAAAUCCUUCUUGCUCAAGAAACUAGAAGAUGAAAUGAAAACCUUUGCAGGACAACAGAUUGAACCUCUUUUUCAGUUUUCAUGGCUUAUAGUAUUUCUGACCCUGCUCCUUUGUGGAGGCCUUGGUUUAUUGUUUGCUUUUACGAUUGACCCAAAUCUUGGAAUAGCCGUGUCAUUGAGCUUCUUGGCUCUCUUAUAUAUAUUUUUUAUUGUCGUUUACUUUGGUGGACGAAGGGAAGGAGAGAAUUGGAAUUGGGCCUGGGUCCUCAGUACUAGAUUGGCAAGACAUAUUGGGUAUUUGGAGCUCCUCCUCAAAUUGAUGUUUGUGAAUCCGCCUGAAUUGCCAGAGCAAACCACUAAAGCUUUACCUGUGAGGUUUUUGUUUACAGAUUACAAUAGGUUGUCCAGUGUAGGUGGAGAAACAUCAAUGGCUGAAAUGAUUGCCACCCUCUCGGAUGCUUGUGAAAGAGAGUUUGGCUUUUUGGCAACCAGGCUUUUCCGAGUAUUCAAGACUGAAGAUACGCAGGGUAAAAAUAAAUGGAAAAAAACGUGUUGUCUCCCAUCUUUUGUCAUCUUCCUUUUUAUCUUUGGCUGCAUUAUUGCUGGAAUUACUCUUCUGGCUAUAUUCAGAGUUGACCCAAAGCAUCUGACAGUGAAUGCUGUCCUCAUAUCAGUUGCGUCGAUAGUGGGAUUGGCCUUUGUGCUGAAUUGUCGUACAUGGUGGCAGGUGCUGGACUCUCUCCUGAAUUCUCAAAGGAAACGCCUCCAUAAUGCUGCCUCCAAACUGCACAAAUUGAAAAGUGAAGGAUUCAUGAAAGUUCUUAAGUGUGAAGUGGAAUUGAUGGCCAGGAUGGCAAAAACCAUUGACAGCUUCACUCAGAAUCAGACAAGGCUGGUGGUUAUCAUCGACGGGCUGGAUGCCUGUGAGCAGGACAGAGUACUCCAGAUGCUGGACACCGUCCGAGUUCUAUUUUCAAAAGGCCCAUUCAUUGCUAUUUUUGCAAGUGAUCCACAUAUUAUUAUAAAGGCAAUUAACCAGAACCUCAACAGCGUGCUUCGUGACUCAAACAUCAAUGGACAUGACUAUAUGCGCAACAUAGUUCAUCUGCCUGUUUUCCUCAAUAGUCGUGGACUAAGCAGUGCAAGAAAAUUUCUUGUAACUUCAACAGCUAAUGGAGAUAUUCCAUGCUCAGAUAAUACAGGGUUGCAGGAAGAUGCUGACAGGAGAGUUUCACAAAACAGCCUUGGAGAGAUGACAAAACUUGGUAGUAAGACGGCCCUUAAUAGACGGGAUACUUACCGAAGAAGACAGAUGCAGCGCACGAUUACUCGGCAGAUGUCCUUUGAUCUCACAAAACUGCUGGUUACAGAGGACUGGUUCAGUGACAUAAGUCCUCAGACCAUGAGAAGAUUACUUAAUAUUGUUUCUGUGACAGGGCGAUUACUGAGAGCCAAUCAGAUAAGUUUCAACUGGGACAGGCUUGCUAGCUGGAUCAACCUUACUGAGCAGUGGCCAUACCGAACUUCAUGGCUCAUAUUAUAUUUGGAAGAGACGGAAGGUAUUCCAGAUCAAAUGACAUUGAAAACCAUCUAUGAAAGAAUAUCAAAGAAUAUUCCAACAACUAAAGAUGUUGAGCCACUCCUGGAAAUAGAUGGAGAUAUAAGAAAUUUUGAAGUGUUUUUGUCUUCAAGGACGCCAGUUCUUGUGGCUCGAGAUGUAAAAACCUUUUUGCCAUGCACUGUAAAUCUAGACCCCAAACUACGGGAAAUCAUUGCAGAUGUUCGAGCUGCAAGAGACCAGAUUAAUAUCGGAGGACUUGCGUAUCCCCCGCUACCUCUGCACGAAGCUCCCCCUAGACCACCGUCGGGCUACAGUCAGCCUGCGUCGGCCUGCUCUUCUUCCGCCUCCUUCAGUGCCCCGUUUGGAGGAGGGGUUGUGUCACCACAGCCUCACAGCAGCUAUUACAGUGGUAUGACGGGACCCCAGCAUCCAUUCUACAACAGGCCAUUCUUUGCCCCUUACCUUUACACGCCAAGGUACUACCCUGGCGGCUCCCAACAUCUCAUCUCACGUCCAUCAGUAAAAACGAAUUUGCCCAGAGAUCAGAGCAAUGGCCUAGAGGUUAUCAAGGAGGAUGCUGCUGAGGGGUUUUCUUCACCCACAGACUCCUCGAGGGAGCAGACUGGGAUGAGAAAGCUAAAGCUGCCGUGGCCGUGUGACUGUGGGUUUAACAAACAGAGACAGGGAUCAGGCCCAGCCUCAGGAACAAUAUCACUGAAUUCAAUGAAUGUGGAUGCGGUUUGUGAGAAACUGAAACAAAUAGAAGGGCUGGACCAGAGCAUGCUGCCUCAGUAUUGUGCGACCAUCAAGAAGGCAAACAUAAAUGGCCGUGUGUUAGCUCAGUGUAACAUCGAUGAACUGAAGAAGGAAAUGAAUAUGAAUUUUGGAGACUGGCAUCUUUUUAGGAGCACAGUACUAGAAAUGAGAAAUGCAGAAAACCAGGUGGUCCCUGAGGACCCACGUUUACUGAGUGAGAACAGCAGCUCAGUUCCUCGCGGUGAAUCUGCGCACCGCUCGUCACACGAGUUGCCUCACACCGAGCUCUCCAGUCAGACUCCCUACACACUGAACUUCAGCUUUGAAGAGCUGAACACACUCGGCCUGGAUGAAGGGGCUCCACGUCACAGUAACCUAAGUUGGCAGUCACAAACUCGCAGAACCCCAAGUCUAUCGAGUCUCACUUCCCAGGAUUCCAGUAUUGAAAUUUCAAAGCUUACUGAUAAGGAAGAAAAUGCUGCCCUUGAGAUAGAUAGAUCUUCAGAGGGAUCCAGUUUAAGCUAAGGCAAGAAGGGCUCUAGAUCUUAGUACCCUGCCCAUAGACCAUUCCUCCUCACAAUUCGGUUACCUUCUCCCAGUUGCUGGCUUCCUCACCAGACACAAGGGGGUAAUGAAGAUUCUAUCUGCCACUCAGUAAGCCUGCUCUCCAGUCGACUGAAGAAGAGAGACUUGUCACCUCGGCCAGUGUUCUUUGUUCCAAGUAGUUGUAAAAUUUGAAUUCAUUUUAAUGAAGUGUUCCUUUUGUAAAGGUUUAGAUAGAAGCCCAAAUGUACAGCAAAACGCAUGUAAAUAAACUCUACAUAACCUGACAUUUCAUAUCUUAUAGCAUCUUCUUGGUCAAAUGUCUAAUAAAAAUUUAGAUUGUUAUUUUCAAAUUACCAUAGUUCCUGACACUUGCACUUUUUAUCUGUGUUUCUGAGAAUUUGUAGACUGUAUAUUGUUAUACUUAAUGCGAAUUUAACUCUCUUUAUUUUUAAAGAAUUUAUUUGCUUUUUGAGUUCUUUGUGUUUUUUUCCCUCUAUCUUUUACCUGGGUUCUUUUCUCUCUUUUUGUGUCUUAAGUUUUGUAUCGGUUGUCAUGUAUUCAUCCAUUUUACCAUAAAACAUUCUUCAGAGCAUUAGGAUGGGAAAGAAACCUCAAGAAAGGCCAAGUCCUGGAUUUCAGAUAGCCAGUGGACAUUCAGUCAGUACUUGAUGAGUGAAUAAGGUAUACCUAAACUAGGAGAGUCUGCCCACACAUUGUAAAAAUGCUGAAUGCCUUCACACUGUGUGUGUGUCUGUAGUUCCUUACAGGCCCCGCCCUUCCCUAUCACUUUAUAGCCACCUGCUACCUGUCUGGCCCUAUAAGCUUUUCAGCUUAUGACUCUGGGAAUCUUUCAGGACAUGACACCAUGCUUUGUUAAAAACUCUCAGGGAGGAACAUCCACAGCCCAUCUUGCUAAGUGCUGUCACUUUAAAGUGCUAGGCUAUCUGUUCUACAUGGAUGUAUUUUAAAACCGCCUGUGUGCUUUAAGCCCUUUGUUUAGUCCUUUGUGGAGAUGCCCAUCUUAUAAAUUAAUAUAGUUAUAGAAUCAAAUUAAAAUGGUUCAAUCCUACAUUUAACUUAAGAAUAUUGGAAAUAUUUUUAGGUAUAACUUAGCUAUGGUGAGCAUGUUUUCUCUGAGCCCAAAUGGGGAUAAAUCAUUAUAGUGAGGAUAUUUAACAUCAGGACCAUCCCCCCAAAUCUGAUAUGUAGGUUUACCCUUUCUCUAGCUCAGCUUUCCAACCUUUUUUUUUUUUAGUUAUUAUUUUCACUGACCAGCUCUCAUUGCUGUUUCUCAUUCCUUAUCUCAGGUUGACCACUCUGAUAAAUUUGAACUAGAAUUCAUGUGUUAUACUGGGAUUCUCUACUGACUUUUAUACACGAGUGGGCCAUCGUGGGUUCAUUGAAAAUUUCUUUAUUAAGGUAGGCUAAACAACAACCUCAAAAUCUCAUUGACUUAACACAUUUGAAGUUUGUUUCUUGUUCCUGUAACAGUUCACAAAGAUUCAGGGACCCAGAUUCCUUCAUUCUGUGGCUCCACCAGCCUCCAAGGCUUCAGAGUCCUCUGCCCCAUCUUCUGUGUUCUGUCGAUGUGCAGGGGAGGAGAGAGGGUGGAGGACCAUGCAUGGGAAGUGGUGUCUGCCCAUCCCAUCGGCCUUCCUAAGUCCCCUGGUCGUGCUGAGGGGCAAGGGAGGCUGGGGAAUUCGGUGAACUGCAUGCCCUGGAGGAAGAGCAAACAUUUUUGAAGUUCAUAGGCACCUGGCCACUUAGGUACUUGACAGGGAUGAUCCAUGGCAGACUCAACACUGCGACGCAUCUUGUUUUCAGCUGUAGUAGCAGUGUUUUUUGAAGACAUCUCUUUAAAAUUUUGCUUUUCGUUCUGGUAGGGAAGUCUGUUAAAAUAACACCUAACCUGGAAGAGUUUGAGGAUUUUAGGGUUUUAGGGUUAGGUAGUUUUCAAUCAGCCAGUUCUUUCCUUACAUCCCCAGAAACUUUGCAAAUUUCUAAUAUGGAGUGGGUUGCAGGAAGAACUAAGCAAGGUUGGGAAUGGGGAAAAGAAUAAAGUUUCACAACUUCUCUAGAACCCUUUUAGUAAUCCAAAGACUCAGACCACCCAGGCAUCGGUGACUCUUGGGAUCUGGUGGUAAGUACAGACCUUCCGUCACCACCAACUCUUUCAGCUUUCUGCCUCCUAGAGCAACGCAGGGGCUCCCGGUUCCUCCUCCUGGUACCUGGCAGCCGGGGCAGGACGUGGUCCCUGGGAGGCUCCUGCCCCCAGUGCAGGAACUGGUAGUUGAAGAGAAGCUAAACUUAUGUUAGUGGCCACUCCUGUCCAGGAAAUGCAGCUCCCACCCUUAGAAGGCAACGGGAAAAUUAGACUGUAUGUCUACCAUUUUGUUUAAACAAACGCGUCUGCAAUCUAACGCUGUUGACCACUUUCCAGUUUUUUUCCGACUGGUCAAUUCCAAGGUGCAUCAAUUCCAAGGUGCACAUUUUUUCACACUUUGACUUUUCUGAAAUAUAAGCCACAGCAUCAACGGCAGCAUUUCCCCCUCAAUGUUUCCUAAAGUAACGACAGAUCCUGCAGUUGAUGGAGUCUUGCUUGGAUUGAUGAAACGUGAUGCUACUUUAAUAUUAUAUAUGCCGUGGUCACGUUGAGUUGUGAUCUUUAGCAAUAGUAAUGGACUAGUGCUGAUUUAUGUUCAGCUGACCCCCCAAAGUCAACAUUUUGUGUUGAAUAUUUGUUUUUAUCAGUUAUUAUUCUAUAUUCAUUUGGGAUAUUUAAAGUAUCGUUAUGCAGUUGUUAUAAUUUAAAAGUUUACGUUUAUUGAACACAUAAUGUGCCUGACAUUUUCCCAAGAUCUCUACAUCUAUUAACUAAUUUACUCUUCACAACAGCGUCAUGACUUAAUUGCUACUAUCCUCAAUUUACGAAUGAGAAACUGAGAGACAGAUUAGGUAAUUUCCCAUGGUCACACAGCUACUAAGUGGCAGAGCCAGGAUUCAAGCCCAGGCAGUGGGGUUCCAGAAUGCCCUCUCUUUAUGUUACAGUUAUCUUCAUUGUUCUUUAGCUAACUGGGGACUUUAGCUAAAGUCAAUUCUUACAUUUUUUUCCAAGAUGCACUUUAAUUAUAGCUUUGUUCGCUGUACCAUCACCAUUGUCUUUUACUUGUUUUAAACCAGGGUUUGGGGUUUAAGAAAGAUAAAAGUCUUUAAAAAAAAUCUAUAUCCAUGUAAACAGUACUUAUAGGGAAAAAUCAUUUUUUUUAAACAUCAAACAUCUUUGUUCCUACUAGUUAUUUUGGAAUGAUGUUCAAUUUUUGGUUAAAAAUCUACGUUUUGUGUUUAACAUCCUUUAUCCCAUUAUUAUUCAUGAAGUAGACCAUUACAUUAAAGUUUGCACAUAGUGUUGGAUAUAUACAUUUUACUUGCAGUCUUAUUGUCAUAUGGCUUUCGUAUACAAACACUUGCCCUUCUAUAUGUCUAUUCUAUUGUCAGUAUUCUGUGUUAGAUUACAAUCGUAAAUACCACUCUAUGUAUUUUUCUUUAUAUUCUAUUAUUAAAUAGUAUUAAUGCUUAAUAAUGUUAAUAGAUAAGUAAUAUAUGUCUAUUUAAAAAAUCAUUAUUGCAGUAGAGGUUUUUUUUUUUUAAUGAUUUUGGUCACUGUCUCCUAAGAAGAAAAGAAAAUAGGCAAAAUGGAACUCUGUCUUUCAUAAUGACAACUAGUCACUAAAGGCAAGAAACCAAUAGACAUAUCUGGAACAGUGGAUAGACAGUGGAUCGAGAUGGUGGUAGGUAACAGUUUAGUUUAAUAUAAUCAUCUACCUAAUAAUUUGCGUGCUUACUUGAGCCAGACACUGUUAUAAGCACUUCACAUGGAUUAACUUAUUAAAUCCUAACAAGCCUAUAAUGUAAGUGCUAUCAUUGUCCCUAGUUUAUAGAUAAGGAGACUGAGACACAGACGUUUAACUUUUACAUGACAACAAUGCGUUAGAUUUUUGUAGCCGUUCCCUAAACUAUUGGUAUUAUUGUCAUUAUCUUAAUUUUGAGAAAACUGAAGAUUUGGGAGUUUGAGAGCCCUCUUUCCCUCUCAUCCCCAAGGUCACUCAGCUAGUAAACAGAACAAAGACACCAACCCUAGUUUUUUGACUCCAAAUCUGAUAAUUUUUCCAACACGGUGCUCACUUCAUUUCUGCCAGUACCCAUCACUCUGUCCUACGUGGGUCUGUGGUGCUUCUGUUUUCCAUAUUCCAUUGUUGUAGAAAAUGUUAGUGGAGAGUAUUAAACACAUCUGAGUCUUCAGGCUCUGAGAAUGUGUCCUGGGUUUUCCCACGGAAGCUCUAUCUCCUUCUUCCGUCCUCUCCCUGUGAACCCUGCAGCCGCAGUGCCAGGCAGUAAAGGAGUCCAGAUCUGCAGGCCAUCUGGGCUUUUAUUUAAAUCCUUGUGUAUUUUGAAACGAACCCUCUGUCUGGCUCUGUUGUCCUCACUGACCAGAUCUCCUGAACUGAGCUCUGUCCAUUUGGUAUAAACAUAACCAUUGCAGCGUGUUUAAACUGGUGCUGGGGAAGGGGUGUGUGUGUGUGUGUGUGUGUGUGCACGUGUGCCCGUGCAUGUGUGUAUUUAAAUGUGACCUUGCCAGAUAGCUGAUUUGACCCAUCACUGAAAUGGUGGGUCGGUUGGUCAAUACAUCACAGGUGAAAGAACACAGAAGUGAGUCACAAGGCUGGAGUUAUGGACCGCCUGGCUCUGCUGUCUAUCCGAUGGCCAUGUACUUGUCAGCUCUAGUUUCUUCAUCUAUUAAAAGUACAUGAUGGAGCUUCCCUGGUGGCACAGUGGUUGAGAGUCCGCCUGCCGAUGCAGGGGACACGGGUUCGUGCCCCGGUCAGGGAGGAUCCCACAUGCCGCGGAGCGGCUGGGCCCGUGAGCCGUGACUGCUGAGCCUUCGUGUCUGGAGACUGUGCUCUGCAACGGGAGAGGCCACAACAGUGAGAGGCCCACGUACCGCAAAAAAAAAAAAAAGUAUGUGAUGGAGGAAAGAGGGCUUCCUCCCUUGAUAAUGGGUACUACUUCCCCACUAC